CAGAAGUUACAAAUGUUGUCAUAUCUAGCUUUGAUCGACUUGGAAAUUCUUUGUCAGUUUUAUGUGUACAAAAUUCGGUAAAUGCUGUGUAAAAAUUGUUAAAAAAUUCGAAAACUUCCUUCGUCACGUAAGAGAAUGUGCAACAGAUGCUGCCAACCCGUGGGCUGUGCCCCAAGCUGCUGUGAGCCGAACAUUUGCUACUGCAUCUUCGACCUGGAGAGUUCGGUGUUCGAUACCCGCAACGUCUAUCGACGAGCCCUCAUCGAACUGGCGGCCAGGUACGAUCGCGAGGUGCCGGAGGUGCUGCUGCUGCAGGUGGGGGUCAUGGCCACGGGCGAGAUGGCGGAGCUGAUUGUCCGCAAGUGCAAGAUACCCGUGUCCUGGGAGCAGUUCCUGCUGCAGGUCAACGAGCGGGCCUCGGAGCUGAUCGGCAAUCCGCCCCUGAUGGAGGGCGUGGAGCGACUCGUCCGCCACCUGAAGAAGUGCUGCAUCGGCAUGGCUCUGAUCAGCUCCAGCUGCGAGGCCCUCUACUGCCAGAAGAUCCGCGGCCGGGAGGCCUUCUUCCAACACUUUGAGACGCUGGUCUGCGCCGACGAUCCGCAGCUGAAGCAGCCCAAGCCGGAGCCGGAUGUCUACCUGAUUGCCAUGUCCCGGCUGGGGGAGGCCGACGCCAGCAGCACCCUGGUCUUCGACGGGACCAUCAAGGGCGUGCAGGCGGCAUCGGAUGCCCGCUUGAAGGUGGUCAUGGUGCCCGAGAAGGGCCUGCCCCAGUGCUGGUCCGAGCGGGCGGCCGUGCGCCUCGAGACACUCGCGCAGUUCAGGCCCGAAUGGUUCGGCAUCGCCCCGCUCAGCAGAGAAGCGCCUCCUCCCAAGCCCAAGCCGAAGCCCAGGGCAAGGUCGAGCCUGUCUAAGGCCCAGCAAGAGUCCACCGAAGAGGGGGAGACCGAAGGAGAGGGCUCAGAAGAGGGAAAAGAUGGGGAGCCUGGGAAAAAAGACGAGGGGCCUGAGAAAAAGGAAGAGCAGCCGCAGAAAAAAGAACCGGAGCCUCAGAGAAAAGAAGCCGAGCCAGAGAAAAAAGACGAGUAUAAACCGGAGCCCAGGGACGAUAAUGAUGACGGGCCCGGCGCGGAUGACGAUGGCGAUCCGAAUAAAGCUGGCGGGAGGAACUGAGCAUUCCAUGCCCAAAACUGGGAGUGUCCUAAGCGGAUUCGUCGUCUUUGGAGUCCAAUCCCUUGAUGGCACAUUCCUUGGGCAGCUCCCCGAUUACCAUACAUUUAAAACGCAACUCUCUGUACAUAUAACGAUUAAUAUUCAUAAAUAGAUGGAUAUUCAUCUCU